AUGGAGUUCACUGCCCAUGUGAGCGGAGGUCAUGUCAACCCCGCCGUGACUGCCAGUAUGCUCGUCACCGGACAGAUCGGAUUAGUAAAAGCGAUGUGCUACGUGGCGGCGCAGUGCGUCGGGGCGAUUGUGGGGGCGUCUAUCGUACACGCUAUAGAUCCAGUUAAAGACGGUUUAGGCUUAACCCAACCCGGUUCAGGAGUUUCCAGUGGUAACGCUGUCGCUGUCGAGCUUUUAGUCACAUUUAUAUUGGUUAUGACUGUCCAUGCCGUUUGCGACAGCAACCGCGAGGAUAUCACUCCAGAAUAA